GAAGUCCUAUUCCAAGACUUAAAAUUUAAAUGAGGGGACGUCUGCUCGCUCUUGUAUUCAAAAUCCUCAAGGCUCGUGAAGCAGGGGACUUCGCCAUUGCUGUUAGUCUCACUCGGGCUCUCAGGGAGGUGAUUCAGAAGCAAGGAAACAAAUAAAGGAAUCGCAGUGAUUGAUGAAUAAAGUCUAAUAUUUGUA